AUGUGUCGUGCCAAACACGGAAUCAUCUUCUGCACGAAACUCACUCAAUCGUGUGCUAUCCUCAGCAAACAGCCUGUUCCAGUAAUCAAAGACGGUCAAUUAGUCGUUCUACAAUCGACGAUCGCAAAAUGCGUCUCCGAAGAGAACUAUUUCGCCAUUUUGUUCGUUGAAUUCGGCAGAGUCAAGGUGGAACAGUGGAUGAGCAAAUGCAAGGUUACUGUAUGGGAUGGACCAAUCACUGUCAUACAAAAAGAGUGCAUCAGGGAAGAAGAGCAGUACAGAUCUCAAAUGCUAAGCACAACAGUAGAGAUCCGUGAAAGCAAAGCCAGAUCCAAAGGCGCUCUGNUUGAAAUGUCAUGCUUCAAACUCAAUAAGCUGGCAAUCUCAUCACAGACAUUCUGCACACUUUGUGAAGUCCCAGAUAAAGUUGGUGAAUGCAUGAUGGAAGAGAACAGCAUUGCAAUCUUCUAUGCUAGAUACGGAUACGAAAAGGUGACCGUGUGGAUGAACACAUGCAAGAUCAAGAUUACCACGACGAAUGGCCUCAUCACGAGUGUGGAACAGGCGUGUCUGAAGAAACGUAAGUUUCUGCUAUCAAUUUAA